GGAUAGUAUGGAAAUUUUAUUGAUGAAUAGUAUAAACAAAAAAAAGGGGGUUAGUUUUGGAUUUGACUUGAAAAUAUGGGUUGGUUUUGAAAAACACCCGUUUAAUAUUCCUUUUUUCAAAAAAAGUUUAAUAUUUCUGAUAUUACCUCUGUCAUUUUAAAGACGCCGCUAGUGGCGGCAGCGACCAACAAUUACCCUAUGAAAGAGAAAAUUCGGAGUUUUAAAGACGCAGCCAGCCACAAGCUAAUAAUCGAGAGGCCGGAAACCAGUGUAGCUGCUGUCGCUGAUAUUAUCAUCGUUCUCUUUACCGAAUUUUAUUUGCCGCCGCGUCAGAAUAACAAAUCUGUUUUGUCGUGAUUUUGCUGUGCGUGCCCUAACUGUAGCGAUAAUUUAGAACAGCAGUCACAUGCCACCGCGUUGAUAAAACGAACAGGGGUAUUAUAUAUCCCGAUGACUAGCUAUCUGACACCAGCUUUCUUUCUGCCGUCCUCAGACGGAGCACUGAAGCCAAAGAUGUCAUCGAGCCACCAUAACUCAGAGCUUUCAUGGAGGACGCCGCUACAGGAACCCUACCCUAGAAACCCUACCUGAUACACUGCAAAGAGAGAAGAAAUAUUUUCCGCUUCUCAGCAAUUGUGCCUCGCCGUCGAUUAAGCACAUACGCCGAUUAGAAAGGGGGUAAGAGAGUAACAUCGAUGCGGGCGACGGAUGAGCCUCCAUCCUAAACGAGAUCUGAAAACGAAGGGAUUUGUUUGAGAGAAGAGCGUUAGCCACUAGGCCUGAGACUUAUAUCUGAGAUCCGUUAUUCGAUCCAGGAUUUGCUCCGUCCGAUCCGGAAAAAACGGAUAUCCAGGGGGUUCGGAUCCGGAUCUUCAUUUUACAGAUUCGGCGGAUCCGAAUAAUGAAAUUUUAAGCCUGGAUAUCCGGAUUCGAACUUACUAUUUAUUUCAAUCUUUAAAAUUUAAUUAUAUUUAUAUAUGUAUACUAUAUAUAAUUAUUAUAUAAAAUAAUGAUUUUUUUAAAUUUUAUUCAAUUUCAAUAAAUUUUCAUUUAAAAAAAUUAUAGGCUAAAUAAACUAAAUAAAUCAUUUUAAUUAGUUAGUUUUUAAUUUAAAUUUAUUUUUUUUAAAUGAUACGGAUCCCGAUAUCAGCGGGUAUUAUGAUUUUAGUCCGGAUAUCUAAUCCCGAAUAUCCGGAGAACCCGAAUCCGGAUAACAAUUUUACGGAUUUGGAUCCGGAUAUCUCAAAAUACUCCAGAUAUCCGAUCCGUCCCAAGGCUAUUAGCCACAUGCUACUCAAAGGCUCGCUUUGUUUUAUAUAUAUUAUAUUUUUCUAAUACUAUUUUAAAGUUAAUAUUUUUAACACAAUAAUUGAGACUCCAAAUUUUCCGACACUGUACAUGUUUAGAGAUUCAACUUAACUAGCUUCCCAACAGUCAAUGAUACUUAUUCUAGUCGAUCUUUUUUUUUUUUUUUGAAACUAAAUUCUAGUCGAUCUUUUGUAUUUAAAUAUUGAGAUAUGCUUCGUACAUACAUGUACAACUUAACCUCUUUCAUGAUUUUUACGUUAUGGAUUUAAAAUAUUAAACAGAUGGAAAGUACUAAUUAAUCGACAUAAAAAAAUUAAAAUAAUAAUGUCAGAGUUUUAGAGAAUGCAACUGGUAAAAGAACAAAAAAGGUAUUGACCAAGUUUCAUGCCGCAGUAACAUAUAUACAACAUACUCCUUGCCGAUAAGUCAAUAUUUUUGUCCGGCAUGCAGACUAUCAAUCUCAGUCAUGCACGAGAGCGGAAACUAUCUCUUACAGUGUGUGAAACAUUUUGAGUCCAUGACCCUUUGCUGGUGGAAGGACGUUAAAACAUACUCCUCUGCUUACCUAUGAGUCAACAUUGGACCUCAAGUAAAUAAAAUUAUUUUACCAAAAAGAAAGUAAAUAAAUUUAUGGAUUCACCUAGGCCUAGGCAUUUCGAGUAUCGGUUCGGUUCGCGUAUUUCAAGUUUCGGGUGGUUCGGGUAGGGGGCUAGAGGAUCCAUUUACUACUCGACUUAUUUUCGGUUUGAUUCGGUUCAGAUAAUUUCGGGUUCGGUUUGGUUUGGAUACUAAAACUAGAAGCCGGAAAAUACCCAGAAAAUAUUCGGUUCUCAUUUGGUUCCGGUUGGGGUUUGGAUAGUUCGGAUAAUUCAGAUAAAAUUUCGGUUAUUUAUAAUAAAAUAUUAAAUAAUUAGAAUGAUUUAGCUAAGAAUUUCAGAUACUUUCGGAUAGUUCGGAUAUUUUAUAAUAAUUUAUUAUCUUCAACUAUUUUCGGAUACUUUUAACAGAUCUAUAAAUUAAAACUAUAUAUUUAGUUAUAUUAUAUGUAUAUAUAUAUAAUUAAUAUUUUAUAUUUUUGGGUACCCGUUCGGUUUUCGGUUCGGUUCGGUUUGGUUAUUUCAGAUAGAGAAAUAUAAAAACCGUUUUGGUAUUUGAGAGUUUUGGUCCAGUUCCGAUUUUUGGGUAUUUCGGUUCGGUUCCGGUUCAGCUUUUUGGUUCCGGUUUUUUUGCCCAGGCCUAGGUUCACCGAUGGAUCCAACUAUGUGACAUCUUACUGGAGACCUAACCGCAUUAACUUCCUUUGUAAUUUUUUCUAUAUAUAUUCUCAUUCCCACACAAAAGCCUUCCAUAAAAAGGAAAAACUAAAAGCUUCACAUUUUUCUUCUUCUAAAGAUGGCAAUGACAACAAAUCUGCUGGCCACAAGCAAGGCCGUCAAGUUGCAUGGUGUCCGCUUCUUCUCCUCUUUCCUCAGCAGACCGAGCCACUUCUUGGCUUGUCGUUUGCCACAGUCGAUCACACAUAGAGUCCAAACUACUUGUUGUUAUCGUGAAACAUCGUAUAAAGCUGUAUCGCCUGAGCCAGAACCAAGUAGUGUCAGUGAUGGAGUUGGAAUCAUCCGUUUCUUGAAAGGAAAAACCUAUCUUAUUACCGGUGCAACGGGUUUUCUUGGUAAAGUGCUGAUUGAGAAAUUAUUGAGGGCAAGUCCUGAUAUUGGGAAGAUAUUCAUUCUGAUAAAAUCCAAGGAUCAAGAAUCAGCCAACAAGAGACUCUAUGAUGAGAUCAUAACCUCGGAUCUGUUCAAUCAUUUGAAGCAAAUGCAUGGGAGAUCUUAUGAAGAAUUUAUGAAAAGCAAGUUGAUUCCAAUAAUUGGAGACAUAGGAGAAGACAAUCUGGGGAUCGGAUCUGAAAUAGCAGCCAAUAUUAGUGGCGAGAUUGAUGUCGUUAUCAGCUGUGCAGGUCGCACGACAUUUGAUGACAGAUACGACCUUGCUUUAAAUGUCAACGCUUUUGGACCUGGUCGGCUCUUGAGCUUUGCCAAAGACUGCAAGAAACUGAAACUGUUUCUCCAUAUCUCAACUGCUUAUGUGACUGGUAAGAAAGAGGGAACAGUACUAGAGACUCCUCUCUGCAUUGGAAAAAACAUAACUUCUGACUUGAACAUCGAACAUGAGCUGAAAUUAGCUUCAGAAGCUGUAAGAAAGUUGCAUGGCAGUGGAGAAAUCAAGAAGCUGAAAGAACUUGGCAUCCAAAGAGCUCAACACUACGGCUGGGAAAACACGUACACGUUCACAAAAGCAAUGGGUGAGACUUUAAUCCAAACCAUGCGAGAAGAUGUGCCUAUAGUGAUCAUAAGGCCUAGUAUUAUAGAAAGCUCUUACAAGGAGCCUUUCCCUGGCUGGCUCCAAGGAAUAAGGAUGACUGAUCCAAUGAUCUUGGCCUAUGGUAAAGGCCAAAUUUCUGGCUUCUGGGGAGAUUCUCAAUCUUUUUUGGACAUUAUACCUGUUGAUAUGGUUGUGAACGCAACAAUAGCAGCAAUGGCAAAGCAUGGUUGUGGAAACUCCGAUCUCAAAGUUUACAAUGUCACUUCUUCAUCUCAUGCGCACCCCCUACGAGCUGGCGAGUAUAUGGACCUCUGUUAUCAACAUUUGUGUGACUUUCCAUUGACAGUAAUAGACUUAACGCGAUGGAAAUUCCACAGUUCCUUAGAUGGUUUCACCUCCUCUGUAUUCGACAUAAUAGCAAAACAGGAAAGAGGAACUAAGAAUGAAGGUGGAGAAGCAGAAGAGUCACAUACCACAUUGAGCUUCAAGGGAAAAAGGAUACUAGACUAUUUUGUGUCCCUAGCAAGAACAUAUGAGCCUUACACGUUCUUUCAAGCUCGCAUCAUAGGUUUGAUGACACCAAUACAAGGAGUCUUAUUCAGGAGAUGUCAAUUGAAGAGAUAGAGAUGUUUGAGUUUGAUAUCAAAAGCAUUGACUGGAAGCAUUACAUUGUGAACGUUCAUCUUCCAGGUCUCAAAAGGGAAUCUUUGAAGGAAAGAUCAAAUUAAAAAGCGAUUUGGUUGGUGCAACUACUUGAGUUCACCAAAUGUAACAAAACAUAUUGUUUUUUCUUAAUGAAUUUUCUAAUGGUCAAUUUUAAUAUAAUAAAAUUAUCAAAAACAUAUUUAUAAGAAAAUAAGAUAAUUCUUAAA